AUGAGUUCAGCAAAGCCGUACAUUGGAUGUAAAAUAGGGUUAAUUUCAAAAGCCCAAAAUCGUUAUGAGGGGAUUUUGUACACAAUUGAUAAAGUAAACUCUACAGUAGUGCUGGCAAAAGUGAAGUGUUUUGGAACGGAGGGGCGACCCACUGACAGACCAACACCACCCAAAGAUGAUAUCUAUGAGUACAUCACUUUCCGGGGAAGUGAUAUUAAAGAUAUCACACUGUGUGAACCUCCAAGAUCUCACCAUGGCCUGCCCCCAGAUCCUGCAAUAGUACAGUCCUCCAGUGCAGGGGCUUCAGGUGUCUACUCAGCUCUUGGCCCAUUCAGCCCCCUAAGGAUGCCUGCCUAUAACCAGCUUUCUGCCUCCUCUCUACUUAAUCAACAGUAUGCUGCAGCUCUAGGCCUUGGGUUACAUGUUAGAAGGGGUCCCAUGGUGGAAAAGGCUGUUCAAACCCUCCAAAUGGAAAGGUCUAGGCAGUGGAGAGGCUUGAAUCCAUCCCAAGAGCAGGAGCAGAGGUGGGAGAGGAGGCGGCUCCAGAGGACAAGAGGAGACAGUUCCCAGACCAGAAGGGGCUCUGGAACCAUCAGUAAGCAUGUAGAGUUCCAGGGAUGA